AACAUCUGGCGUGUAUAAAUAUUGCAAAUAAGUAAAGCAACUCGACUGGCAGAUGAUAAAUUCGAAUCGGGUAUUUCCAAUGCAUCUAUUAGUGGGUGGCAAAGGUGACAACUUAAUCUAUAAGCAGUGCUAAUUGAGGCAACGAUUCAGUUGCCAAUUGCAUUUUGCGUUGGAUUGUCUUGAUUUCGCUACACUUGGCCACAAUGCUCUGGCUAAUGGUGCUCCUGUUUGGCAUACCCUGUCUGUUGCUCUGGGACUAUUUGAUACGAAAGCGACGCAAUGAUAUGCUACAUUAUAUGCGUGGUCCACCGGCGUUGCCAUUUCUGGGCAAUGUGCUGCUUUAUCGUGGACUUGACGGAGAACGCGUCAUGGAUUAUGCGGUGGCUAAUUGCCAGAAAUAUGGUAACAUGUAUCGUGUAUGGAUCCUCAAUCAGUUGGCUGUCUUCUCCACCGAUCCUCGUGACGUUGAGGUCAUCCUGAGCAGUCCGCAGCACAUUACCAAGAACAGUUUGUACAAUCUGAUGCUGCCGUGGUUAGGCACAGGCCUCUUGAUGAGUACCGGUCGCAAAUGGUACUCGCGGCGUAAAAUCAUAACGCCCACGUUUCAUUUUAAGAUCCUGGAGCAAUUUGUGGAUAUCUUUGAUCAGCAGAGCAGCAUUUUGGUAGAGCAACUGCAGCAGCAUGCGGAUGGCAAAACCGCUUUCAAUAUCUUUCCCAUCGUUUGUCUUACGGCUCUGGACAUUAUUGCAGAGACCGCCAUGGGCACCAAGGUGCAUGCCCAAAAGAGUCCAGAGCUGCCUUACGUGCGUGCCGUCUUCGAUAUGUCAAACAUCAUCACGGUGCGCUUCAUCAAGCCAUGGCAGCGCAUUGACUGGAUGUUUCGAUUGGUAGAGCCGCGUCUGGCUGCCAAGCAAGAUCAAUUGAUCAAAACGAUGCACGACUUCACAGAGGCCGUCAUACAUCAGCGUCGCGAGAUGCUCGUCAACGAACAGCGUCUAGGGGACAACGAUAAAUUCGACGAUCUUGGCCAGAAACGUCGCAUGGCCUUGCUGGAUGUGCUGCUGCAGGCCACAAUUGACGGCGAGCCGCUUAGCAAUGAGGAUAUACGCGAGGAGGUGGACACAUUCAUGUUCGAGGGCCACGACACUACCACCAGUGGCAUUAGCUUCUGCAUCUACGAGAUCUCGAGACAUGCGGCAGUGCAGCAACGUUUGCUCCAGGAAAUCCACACAGUGCUGGGCAAGGAGAAUAAGGGAGAGGCAGUGACGCUGCGUGAUCUUAAUGAGCUGAAAUUUAUGGAGUGUGUGAUUAAGGAGUCUCUGCGUUUGCAUCCGCCUGUGCCCAUCAUAGGACGCCACUUUACCGAGGAUGUCAACAUAUGUGGCAAACUCGUUCCGGCUGGCACCAACUACACAGUGGGAUUGUAUGCGCUGCUGCGCGAUGAACGGGAAUUUGAGGCGCCUCAUGAAUUUCGUCCCGAGCGGUUUGCGGCAAACGGAGAGACAGCAACGUUAGUAUCGACUGAGACGACGCUUCCACCUCAACAACCACAUCCGUAUGCUAAUAUCCCGUUCUCGGCGGGACCGCGUAAUUGCAUUGGCCAAAAGUUUGCGAUGCUCGAAAUGAAGUGCGUCAUCAGCAGGAUGCUGCAGCACUUUGAGCUGCUGCCUUUAGGGCCAGAGCCGCGACCCAUGCUUAGUCUCGUCCUGCGUUCGGCCAAUGGCAUACAUUUGGGUCUGCGACGGCGUUAACAGUUAUUUUGCAUUACCAAUAAAUAAUAUUUACAAUUUGCUGUUCUCAACGAACAGCUGUUUUGAUCUA